AUGUUGUCUCAUUUUUCUUUACUGGGAUUCACUUGUGAACAACAAGAUAAUCCUUGUGACUUUAUUUUGGAUAUCGUACAAGGUGAUCGACUUACAAUUGUCGGUACUGAUAAAGAACGAAAUCAAAAACUCACACAACAAAAAAUAGCUGAGUCAAUGAAUGAUAAAUAUUUAGAUUCACUAAUAUGGAAAAGUGUUAAAAAAGAAACUGAUUUUUGUGUAAAUACGCCAUCUAAUAUUUCCUUGCAAGAACAAUUGCCAAAAAAAUCUCGUAUUUUUGAAUUGUAUUAUGUUUCUCAACGUAUUUUACGCAAUACUAUUCGCAAACCAUCAACAUUUCUUACACAAAUUUUUAUUGCCGUUAUGUUUGCUAUUCUCGAAGGUUUUGUUUUCUUCAAAAUCGAUCAUUCUAUUGACGAAGGUGUUACGAAUCGGGGUGGAGCCAUAUUUCUUACAGUAUCUUUUCAAGUAUUUGUAAAUGCAAUAGCACUUCAACUAUUUGUCGAAGAAAGAGUACUAUUCGUUCAUGAGCAUUCAAGUGGCUAUUACCAUGUAUCAACAUAUAUGAUAUCAAAACUUGUGUGCGAUCUGAUACCAUUAAGAGGACUUCCUGCCAUUCUUUUAUCAAUUAUUGUUUAUGUGAUGAUAGAUUUUCAACUUACAUCACACAAAUUCUUCAUCUUUUUAUUGUGUGUCUUGUUUAGCACACUGUGCUCAUGUGCACUAUGUUUUUGUUUAUCAGCAAGUGUAAAAGAAUUCAGUGUGGCUAGUGUCAUUUGUGGCAUGUUGUUUUUAAUUAUGAUGAUAUUUAGUGGAUUUAUAGUUGAUCUUGAUACUGUUAUGCCUGCUUUAAGUUGGCUGCAAUGGUUAGUAGUAGAACAACAAUAA